UGUGCAAAGCAGAACAUGGAGGAACGCGGGUCCCCCGACGGGGACCCCGCGCGGAACCUGGAGCAGGGACCAGAGGGGCCAGAAACGCCCAUCCAGGUGGUGCUCAGGGUGCGUCCCAUGAGCGCGGCAGAGCUGCGUCGAGGGGAGCAGAGCGUGCUGCACUGCUCAGGGACCCGGACUCUGCAGGUGAGGACCUCCCACGCACUCCCCCAAAAACACCUACCGGGAAGAUGCCAGGUCCCUCCAGGCCAAUUUCCCCCAGGCCCCGCACUCCCCCAGGUGAGCCCCGCCCUCCCCAGAGUGCCCCGCCCCCUUCUCCACGGCCCCCUCUCCCAGGUGAGCCCCCCAGGCGGGGGCCCCGACGUGGCGUUCCGCUUCGGCGCAGUGCUGGACGGGGCGCGCACGCAAGAUGACGUGUUCCGGGCCUGCGGCGUGCGGCGCCUGGGCGACCUGGCGCUGCGUGGCUUCUCCUGCACCGUCUUCGCCUUCGGCCAGACCGGCUCUGGGAAGACCUACACCCUGACCGGACCUCCUCCCCAGGGGGAGGGCGUGCCCGUACCCCCCAGCCUGGCCGGCAUCACGCAGAGGACCUUCGCCUGGCUGUUGGACCGCGUGCAGCACCUCGGUGCCCCUGUCACUCUCCAUGCCUCCUAUCUGGAGAUCUACAAUGAGCAGGUCCGAGACUUGCUGAGCCUAGGGGCUCCCCGGCCCCUCCCUGUUCGCUGGAACAAGACGCGGGGCUUCUACGUGGAGCAUCUGCGGGUGGUGGAGUUUGGGAGUCUGGGGGCCCUGAUGGAACUUCUGCAAAUGGGUCUUAGCCGUAGAAGGAGCUCAGCUCACACCAUGAACCAGGCCUCCAGCCGAAGCCAUGCCCUGCUCACACUAUACAUCAGCCACCAAACUCAGAUGCCUCCUGUGGAUCCCGGGGAGCCCCCUGCCGGGGGGAAGCUGUGCUUUGUAGACCUGGCUGGCAGUGAGAAGGUGGCGGCCACAGGAUCCCGUAGGGAGCUGAUGACUGAGGCCAACAGCAUCAACCGCAGCCUGCUGGCCCUGGGUCACUGCAUCUCCCUGCUGCUGGACCCACAGCGGAAGCAGAACCACAUCCCCUUCCGGGACAGCAAGCUCACCAAGCUGCUGGCGGACUCGCUGGGGGGGCAUGGGGUGACCCUCAUGGUGGCCUGCGUGUCCCCCUCAGCCCAGUGCCUUCCCGAAACCCUCAGCACCCUGCGAUAUGCAAGCCGAGCUCAGCGGAUCACCACUCGGCCCCAGGCCCCCAAGUCCCCUGUGGCAAAGCCACCCCAGCAUUUGGAGACUGAGCUAUUGCAGCUCCAGGAGGAGAACCAUCGCCUGCGGUCCCAACUGGGCCAAAUGGACCCCAAAGCCUCUGGACUCACUGCGGCCCGGGUGUCCUGGGCUCAGCGGAACCUCUACGGGAUGCUGCAGGAGUUCAUGCUGGAGAACGAGAGGCUCAGGAAAGAGAAGAGGCAGCUGCAGAGCAGCCGGGACCUGGCCCAAGAUGAGCAGCGCAUCCUAGCUCAGCAGGUCCACGAGCUGGAGAGGCGCCUCCUCUCUGCCUGCUACCUUCACCAGCCGGGCCCUGGCCCAGCCCCACCGUGUCCCUGUGUGAUGGUGCCACCUCCCCCCUGCCACGCCCUGCCGCCUCUCUGCCCCUGCCCCUGCUGCCACCUCUGCCCCCUGUGCCAAGCGCCACUGGCCCUCUGGGCCUGCCCACGGAGGGAGCUCCACCUGCCCCAGGUGUUUGGCUCUAAGGCCCCAGCUGACAUGCCCCUGUCUGCCCGGCCCCCACCCUGGGUGCCCCCAUGUAGCCCUGGCUCUGCCAAGUGCUCAAGAGAGAGGAGUCACAGCGACUGGAUUCAGACCCAGGUCCUGGCAGAAAUGCUGACCAAGGAGGAAGUGGUACCCUCUGCACCUCCCCUGCCCAUGGGGCCCCUGAACACAUCGCCAGUGCUUAGAGGUGGGGCUGCAGUUCCAAACCUGGCCCGGAGACUGGAGGCCCUCAAAGACCAAAUCGGCAGCUCCCUUGGACGUGGCCGGAGCCAGCCACCCCCCAGUGAAGGCACUUGAAGCCCCAGGCCGGAGCCAGUCACCCCCAGCGAAGGCAGUGGAAGCCCCAGCCGGGUCCUCCCUUCCUGCUGAGGGCAAAGUGCGAACCCA